AUGACCAUUCUACAAGAGUCACAUGGAGGAGUACGUGGAAUUGUGGAAAAAUUAAAAUCAAAUAGCGUGUCUGGUUUGAGUGGCGAUGAAAAUGAUUUAACGACUCGUCGACAAGCAUUCGGUCGUAACGAAAUUCCUCCAAAACCACCGAAAACAUUUUUGCGUUUAAUAUUUGAAGCCCUUCAAGAUUUAACAUUAAUUAUUUUAAUUGUAUGUGCUGUUGUUUCAUUUGGGCUUUCAUUAUUUUAUCAUUCAAACACAGAGUCCUUUGAAGCAGAAUCAAAACCAAAAGAACCAAAUCUUGAAUGGAUUGAAGGUGUAGCAAUUAUUAUCGCUGUUAUUGUUGUCGUGUUAGUAACAGCGUUUAAUGAUUGGACGAAAGAACGACAAUUUAGAGGAUUACAAUCGAAAAUUGAAUCAGAUCAAAAAUUUAAUGUACUAAGAAAUAGUGUCAUUCAACAACUUCCAAUUAAGGAAAUUGUCGUCGGUGAUAUAUGUCAAGUCAAAUACGGUGAUACACUGCCUGCUGAUGGUAUUGUUAUUCAAUCAAAUGAUUUGAAAGUAGACGAAUCAUCUUUAACAGGAGAAUCAGAUUUAAAGAAAAAACAUGAAUCUGGUGAUCUAUUUUUAUUAUCUGGUACAAAUGUCAUGGAAGGUAGUGGUAAAAUGUUAGUAUUAGCUGUUGGUGAACAUAGUCAAACAGGAUUGAUUUUCAAAUUAUUGGGAGUAACACAAGAGAGUGACGAAAAAGAAGAAAAGAAAAAAUCGAAGAAAAAAAAGAAAGGAGAUGAUAAAGCUGACGAUGCUGAUGCAACAGUUAAUGAACGUUUAGUUAAAAAAGGUUCACAUGAUAACCAUGAAGCAAAUGAAUUACAAGAAGUAUCAACUGACGCAAAAACAGAGCAAGCUAAUGAACCUGUAAAAUCUAAAGAAAGACCUAUUUUACAAGCUAAAUUAACUAAAUUAACUAUACAAAUUGGUUAUGCUGGCAUGACAAUUGCCAUAUUAACUGUACUUGUAUUAUUUAUUCGUUUUUCAAUCGAAGAAUUUAUUCAGAAAGGAGAAAAAUGGAAUAAUAGAUAUUGGAAUCGUUUUGUGAGAUAUUUUAUUACGGGUGUCACAGUGUUAGUUGUGGCCGUGCCCGAAGGAUUACCCUUAGCUGUCACAAUAUCAUUAGCCUAUGCUGUCAAAAAAAUGAUGCGUGAUAAUAAUUUGGUGAGGCAUUUGGAUGCAUGUGAAACAAUGGGUAAUGCUACGGCAAUAUGUUCAGAUAAAACUGGAACGUUAACAACAAAUCGUAUGACCGUUGUACAAGUAUACGUGGGUGAAAAACAGCAUCACAAUGUUCAACAACCGGAAGAAGCAAAACAAAUUCCUAUAGCAGAUAAAACACGUGAAAUUAUGAUGGAAGUGGGAAAAGAUACGUUAGCAAAACAAACUGGUAAUAAAACUGAAUGCGGUCUAUUGGGCUUUGUUGCCAAUUGUGGUGGAAAUUAUGACGAAAUUCGACAACAUUAUCCAUCAGAUCAUUUUGUUCAUGUUUACACUUUCAAUUCAUUGAGAAAAAAUAUGUCAACAGUUAUACGACGAGAUGAUGGAACGAUAAGAAUGCAUACCAAAGGAGCAUCAGAAAUUGUAUUGAAAAAGUGA